CCAUGUUCCUUGGCUGCAGAAAGUUGUUGAUGUUUAAUGCUUACAGAGUGCACGUACUUGGAUGUUGGGUGUGCUGCUGUUCGAUAUUUGUUUGUGGCGUGUACCACCUUAGUGAUGGAAUUUCCGCAUCUGGGUGAGCAGUGUUCUGAGCUGUCAUGUAAGCAGUUAGAUUAUCUGCCGUUGAAGUGUGAUGCAUGUGAAAAAAUUUUCUGUAAAGAUCAUGUCUCGUAUAACAGCCACAGCUGUCCUUCAGCAUAUAAAAAAGAUGUACAGGUGCCAGUGUGUCCACUGUGCAAUGUACCUAUACCUGUGAAACGAGGAGAACCGCCUGAUAUCACAGUUGGUGCGCACAUUGACAGUGACUGUCAGUCUCACACUGCCAAAACUAGUAGAAAGGUCUUUGCUAACCGUUGCUCUGCUAAGGGCUGCAAGCAAAAAGAAGUUGUCCGUGUACAAUGUGCAGAGUGUCGUCUGAAUUUCUGUCUGAGGCACCGCCACCCUGUUGAUCAUAAUUGUGAAGGUGCUGAAGCAGCUCGCAGGAGGAGAGCUGUGGAGGCAGCUCUUGCUCGUCAGAAUGGUCCAGGCUACAACAAGAAUGUGUCCAGCUCCACAAACACACGAACAGCCACUGCUGCACAGUUGCAGGGUGGAUUGAGUGAAGAUGAAGCUCUUGCACGUGCCAUUGCCUUAUCAUUAGAAGAUUCAGAUGGCAGAAGACAACCAAACAGGCAACACACAGUACAACCAGCGAAGUGUGCUGUAUCUUAGCAGUCAUCAGCACUUUUUCUGUAUUUACAGAUCAUCAAUAACACAAUCUAUGAAGAAAGUUACUUCUAACUUGAGAGCACUGCAUUGCUUAAGUUUCUCUUAAAUUACAUAUAGCAUGGGUUUUUAACAGACUGAAAUUGAUUCAGGGAGGAAGAAGUUUGCUUUUAUAAUCAUAAUGACUUGUGCAGCUGCAGAAAACUGCACAGCAUUGUUUAACUUUAAGCUUUCUUCUUUCAGAUGAUUAAAUAAUUGUGACUUGUGUGACAUAAUAAGAAUAUGUGUAAUUUGGGUUUAUUAAGAUCUACACUGACGGAGACAUACUUGAACAUGUUUCUUAGUAAAUCAGUCAUGCUUAUUGUAUCCAGUUUAAAUGUGUGUUUCAAAUAUUUACUUAGCAAAAGUUGUGUCUUCGGAAAUUUUUGUAUUGGAGGCAUUUUGCCUAUUAUACACAUAGCUUAAUAAGUUUGGAUGAGUUAUGUAAUGGAAUCUGUUGUAUGUAUGUCACUUUUUUUAAAAAAAAAUCCUUAUUUUGUGUGUGCUGAGUAUAGCCUUGCAGUUGCAGUUCUUAUUGUAUUUGAGUGUCAGUGAAUAUUCAGUAUUCCACCUGUAUAAUUCAGUUGUUACAAGAUAUAGACUGCUGAAAAGUUACUCACUGAAAAUUUUAGUCGCUACAAUACAUUUAAUGUGUGGUGUUAUUGAUCAAGUAUGGGUGUAGUGAAUCUUAAGUGCCACACAACAAUAAAUUGCAGUUCAGUGUGGUGUAUAAAUGAAGCAAUUAAAAGAAACAAGAUUUUGUGGAUCUACAUCAAUGGGCGAUUAAAUGACUUACUGUUAAAGAUUAUCUUUCAUCCAGUUCAUAACAAAAUAAAGAAAAAAUAACUGGUAUUAUGUGUUUACAUGCACUCCAGUUGAAAUAAACAGGAGAAUGCUUUAUAUACUCUAAAUUCCAAGUUGUAUAAUGUAUGACAGGUUUGUACUAUGUGAAAAUGAAAUUUUAUGUGAUGUCAUUAAGUUCUGGGAAUAUACACGACAUGUUCUGACACUUAAAAAAAAAUUGUCUUAUCUGUCAUCUGUGAUAAAUACUCAGAUGAACUAAUACGUUAGUUGCCAUGCUGUUACAGAGGGGCAGACCUCCUGUCUCCAUUUUUUUAAAUAGAUCACUUAACUUACUGCCGUACAUCAGAGAUCAUUGUCAGUUUUGACAGCAGAUGCUGAGUGAGAUGGUGCAGUGCUAAGACACUGGUCUUUUACGUGACUGGGCAGCAGGUCAGAUCCCCAUCAAGUCAUCCAUGUUUAAGUUUUCCAUGAUUUCCCUCAAUUGCUUAAAGUGAAUGUUGGGAUGGUUCCUAUCUUUCCCUAAUCUGAGCUUCUGCCCUGUCCACAAUGACCCCAUCAUCAACAGGACAUUAAACUAUAACCUUUUUUCCUUUGAAAGCAGAUUACCAUAUUUUUUGUUACAGUUUCGUAUUAGACAUUUAGCUAAACUUCUUUAUUAUGAAGCAAAUUAAAUGCACUGAAACUAAAUAAGUGAAUCAAUGAGAUAGAAAUCAGGGAAGUUGUAAUGACAUGAAAUGAUGUCAGUGACAAUGAAAGUUUGAGUCAGGCCUAACAAUUAAGACAACUGAUAGCGAAAAGCAAGAAAUGCGGGUUUGAGUCCCAAUCUGGCUCAGAUUUUCAAUUUUUGUUACAGCCAUCACUUCUGUAUUAGCCAUGUAAUAGUUCUUUCAUGUUAAGUAUGAGUACAAAGAAUUGUUAUAUUGUUUCAGAGGGAAAACAGUUGGCAUUUUUUUCUGUUUUUGCUUGUAUGUAUUUAGUAACUAGUCUACUAAAAAUAUUUUAGUGUGAUGUUAUGGCUGUAAUCUGCUGAACUUGUGCAUUAAGAGUGGAUAUCUAUUAUGUACUGCUUAUUUUUGUGAAUUUCAUUUGCAGACUUGUAAAUGUUUGACAUAGCAUUCAUUACUCAUGCCCCAUGAAAUGCCUUUCAUAUAUCAGGUUUUGUAGAAGUGCAUAAAUUCUUAAACACUGUCCAGUCACAUUAAUGUGACAAACUAUCAAAAGCCUAAAUAACCAUGUUUUGCAGUGCGGACUGCUGCAAGCUGUUCAGAGAGAGAGUCAGUGAUGUUCUGGAAGGUACCAACACGUCCCACAGACUCUUGAUUGGGUUAAACCAAAGGAGUUUGAUGGCUGGGGGAGUAUGUAGUUCAUCCUGAUGCUCUUCAAACUAGGCAUGUACACCAUGAGUUGUGUGACAUGUUGCAUUGUCCUGCUGGUAGAUGCCAGCAUACUGAGGAAAAACAAAUUGCAUGUAAGGGUGGACAUGGUAUCCAAGGAUAAAUUCAUAUGUGUGUAGAUCCACCAUGCUAUCCACCUUGACGAGAUCAUCCAGGAAACGCCAGGAAAACAUUUCCCAGACUAUCAUGCACUUUCCUCCAGCCAGGAUCCUCCCAACAAUUGUUGUACGAUGUUAGCUUUCAGUUCUGUAGAGCAUAAACAGUUAUUCAUCUGAGAAGGCCACCUGUUGCCACACAGUGGAUGUCCAGUUCUGAUAUUGGUGUGUCAGUUCCAGCCUUUGUCACUGAUGAACAGUAGUCAGCAUGGGUGCAUGAACCAGGCACCUGCUGCAGAGGCCCACAUGCAGCAAUGUUUGCUGAACGGGCAUAGAGGAGACAUUGUUGGGAGCUGCUUGGUUCAACUGUGCUUGGUUCAGUUGCUCAACAGUUGCAUGUCUAUUUGCGCGAAAUGCUCCUACCCUUGGCCCAAAAGCCACCUGGGGCGUGGGAGAGCAUGACAACUUAACUCAUGCACGGCAGUCAAAGGGUUAACACGUCUAAAUUAGCAAUGGACAUCAGUCAUCAAAUUUUUACACAUAGUAAAUCACGCAAGUCACCCUUACCUUUUGUUUAGACUUAAUUGUACUUUUUAUUGAUACAUAUCCACCAUCCUUCUCUGUAUUAAAUAGCCGUUUGUUUCAGAAUUUCACAAAACAUGUGCCUUUAUAAACAGAUAUAUUGUGUGUAUGUAUGACUGUCAUACAAAGUGACAAGAUAUGCAGUCUUUGUACUUAAAAUGCAAUUUAUUUAAAUAUGAAAAUUUCUUGUGAUUAGUUUCCACAUGAGCAAUUGUUUCUACUACUAUAAACAGUCCUGUGUAGAAUGAGAGGAGAAAAUAUGGAAGUUUUAUGAAUUUUAUCCAGAGUGAGCUGAAAUCGACUGAGGCUUUGGAAGAAUAACAGUUGAGUGGACAUUAAAAUUGAACUGAAUUUUAUUUUUAAAAAAUGAGAGUUCACUUAAAAAACCUAAAAUGUUGCUUGUUCGAAAUUGAUAUAUAUGUCUUGUACUCCUCAAUUUAAACUGCUGCAUGCAGCUUAGGUUCCUGUAUCCAACUGAAAAUUAAUUAUGUUCAAUUUUUUGUAAUUAGAUCCCCCUCAGAUUCUGUUUGUAUGGAAUACCAACUGCCUGUUUCUCUCUCUCUCUCUCUUUGUUAUGAAGUAUCUAUUCAGUUUAGUAUAAAACUGGAGAUGUACAGAUUAGCUUUUUUCCCUUUGACUGUGAUAUGCAUUGCACCAGUAAAACUUUCAUUCCUCAAGAUGAUGCAUUGAGUAUAUAGCUGAAUAAUGUGCAAAUGCUAGUUUAAACAAAUCAUAAUGUUGUUAUUGUCUUUUUGAAUCUUUGUAAUUUUAUACACUUGUAACUUUUUUCCAUUUUAAAGUAAGUAUUGUUAUUGUAUAUUGUACUGUUUCAGAGUUUACAAAUGCACUGUUGAUGUUUGCUACAUUGAAUAUUUUUGUA